AAGUUGAUAUAUAUCCGUUCAUACAUUUGCGUUUUAUAAAUUCGCGUGAAGAUAACGGUAUACAUCAAUAUACAUUCACACGAGCUGCGUCCUAAAAUAAAUUUAUAAAAUUUCAGUGAAAAAAAAAAAAACUUGUUUUAAAUCAUUGUUUCAACCUGACAGCUACUUUUGUUUUUUGAAUUUUUCUGCUGUUUUUAUUAUAACAAUGAGCAGUGAAUAAAAAAAUAAAAUCUAUAAUAGACACUUUAGUUUUUAAAAAAUGUCGCUCUUGAGUUUACGCAGACUUUUCAAAAAAAUAAACGAUUUAAAAGCAAUAAAUAUGCAGCAGCACAAACAGAACAGUUUUAUAACAACGAGAUCUGGAGCUAUUCUUCCUGAACCCAAAACCCAACCACUUGGACUAGUCGCAGUGGUUGCUGGAGUAUCUUUGGGUCUUCUUAUUGGAGCGACAAUUAGCAAAAACAUUGCAAACUUCCUAGAAGAAAACGAUUUAUUCGUUCCAUCAGAUGAUGACGGCGAUGAUGAUUAAUUAAUUACCUUAGCGAUCAAUAAAAGCUGUAAUUACAGGUACCAACGAUCAAGAUGUAAUGCUAGAAUUUAUAAAUAUAUUAUACUUUUAUCAUUGGGAUGGUACAUAAGAUCUUUGCUACUUGAAGAAAAAGUACUUGCUAUAUGCUUGCUCAGUACUUUUUAUAGACUUGGCUUAUUCCGGCUAUUAUUUCAAAUCUCUAAAAUGUAUUUACUAAUUAUAAUGUUAAACAAACUAAUUAUUAUAUUUAUUCUUUAUUUUUGCUAAUCAUUAUAUCAACUGUGUAAUUAAUUCUGUCAAUAAAAAACAAAUGUUUAUCAAAAAUUCGUG